AUGAGAACCAUCCUAGGAGGAGACAGCCUGGCAGGUAGCGGUUCACCACAAGGGUCAACCACUGGCAGUGGUCAAUAUGACCGACACAAAGAGACUUUUUCAGGGAGCCCUGGUGUGCUUUUCAAUACAUACACCACUGAGUGGGAGACUGCCUGGCAAGUGUGUCGAUACGCAAGCCAGAAUUGCUGCAUCAAAUUCCCAGUAAUGGCGGGAGAAAGACGGACUCGGAGAGGGCCAGUCAAAGGAAUAAAACGUAUUUCUAUGGAUCGUUCUGAUGAUGAUCUUUUUCAUCAUGCAGAUAAUAGUUAUCAGUCUUCGCAGUGUUCUCACAAUGAAAAGAAAAAAAGUGACCAGGCUCAGAAGGGGUGUACGAGAAACUUAAGAAAUCGUUCAGAGAUUGAGAAGAAACAAGAUAAGACAUCAGAGCAGAUUUCCCUCUCCUUCUCACCUGGUAAUUUAUUCGAGUCUGAGCCAGAAAAAAGCAACAGACUAUCGAAGUCCUCGGAAGCUUUAAAAGACAAUAAUGACAAGGAUAAAAAGAAAAAGACCAAGGUUCGUCAGCCAGCCAAGAAGAAUGGCAAGAAGAAGACUGCAAAUAGAAAAAAUGGAAACUUACAAAAGGAGGAAAAAGAGAACCUACCAGAUUUUUCGUCGUUUGAAAAUCAUGAAUUGUGCAUUGAAUAUGACUCAGCUGUAAAUACAAAUGAUUGCAAUACCAAAUGCAGUACCCCUAUGCUAACUGAGAAUACAUGUAGCGAGGUGUGUAGUGGUUCUUGUAUAGAAGAAGAACUUAAUGUCUCCAACAUAAGUGUGGACCAAGAUGCUUUCUUUGAUCGUGUUGAGAUCGACUGUUCCACACCAUUGAAUGAGAGUGUUACGGUUAGGAGGAGGAAAGAUAGAACAAAAGUACAAAAAAGAAAAGGACUAGUGGAGGCAAGAGAGAGUUUUGAAGUGCAUUGUGACUUUACCUCAAAAAUUAGCCAGAGUGUCUGUCAAACUGAAUUUUUCAGGGAUACUGAUGAUGAUUGUUCGUUGAAAGACUCUAAGUCAGUCCUCGAGGAUGAUUCUGCCGUUUAUUCAUAUGGUGUCAUCACUAGAGGUCAAAUUGCUAAAAGUAUGAAAGACAGGUCUGCCUUGGGAAGUUUCAAUAGUUCAAACAGCCUUUUCGAGACUUCGUCCCCCUCCCGUUAUUUUUCGCUUGAAGGUUAUGCCGACAGAGAGCCUGAAUUUCAUAGUUCUAAAAUUGAAAGGUCAAGCAAUUUUCACCUGGAUGUAAUAGAUGAAGACUCUGAGAGGGAUGAGAAUGAUGAUCAAAGUUCUGAUGUCAGUGCCGAAGACAUAGAAGAAGCUGUUGAGGAUGAAAGUGAAAAGGAUGAACAUGAUCAUGAUAGGGAAAUCAAUGAAUGUGUUAAACUGUCAGAAGGACGGAAUGUUGAUGAAACAGAUAGUCCUCUGAGUCAAAUGCCAGAACUUUUUACGAAGUUGUGUAUUCAUGGAAAGGAUGAAAGGAUGGACGUUAGACAAAGCCCCAUAAAAAAUUCUUCUGGAUCACCAUCAUUCUUUGAAAAGUUGUCCAAUUCCUCCAUAUGUGAAGAAGAGACUGCAACAGCUGAGGAAAAAGUCCUUAGACUCUGUCUCCAGGAAAAGCCGGAAGAUUUUUCCUAUUGCAUUCCACCCAAGAUGAUGUCCAAGUGUGUGAAGAUCGGUGAAGGAGUCUUUGGUGAAGUAUUUCGUUCAGAUUCCAAAGGUCAUCCAGUUGCUUUGAAAAUAAUCCCUAUUGAAGGAAAACUCAUUGUGAAUGACUGUCCACAAAAAAAAUUUGAAGAAAUACUUCCAGAAAUGGUUAUUGCCACAGAGCUCAGUGAUUUGGCAUUUGCUGACGUAAAUCAAUCUUCAAACUUCUGCCAGGUUAACAGAAUUUCUUGUGCGAGAGGAGCAUUUCCCGAUCUCUUAUUAGAUGAGUGGGAUGCGUACAGCAAGCGCAAGUGCUCGGAAAAUGAUAGGCCUGAUAAUUUUGAUGCAAGCCAGAUGUUUAUCAUUUUUGAGUUUGGUGAUGGUGGAUGCGCGUUGGAAAAUUAUAAGUUUUCAAAUCACAAAGAAGGUUUGAGUGUGCUCCAACAAGUUAUUUUUGCCCUGGCUGUAGCAGAGGUUGCCAUGGAGUUUGAGCACAGAGAUCUCCACAUUGGAAAUGUGCUGGUGCGGCGGUGCAAAGAGGAAACCAUCCCCUUCCAGCUGAUGGGACAGGAGUACCAACUCAAAUCUGAGGGCGUUUUUGCUACGAUAAUCGACUUUACUAUUUCACGGCUGAAGAAAGAUGGCUGCGCUGUAUUUUGUGACAUAUCUACUGAUGAGGGAAUGUUUGAUGGAGAGGGCGACAUACAGUUUGAUGUCUACAGAAAUAUGAGAACUGAGAAUGGGAAUGAUUGGCAAAAGUUCAUCCCACGUACCAAUAUUCUCUGGGUGCAGUAUCUGUGCACAAAACUGUUGACUGUGGUGAAAUAUGCCGAGAAUGGGCGAGCUUUCCGUGAACCUUUGAGAAAACUGCGUCGGCUCAAGGAAGAUAUUCUGUCAUACAACAGCUGUGCAGAACUGGUAGCAGAUGAUGACUUGUGGGAUUUUUGAAUUAUUCUCACGUUUAUCUCCUUUAAAUUUGUCACCCUCACUCAUCCCAUGUUGUAGGGUUGACGUGCCCACUGUGGUACCACUGAUCUCGAAUUCGACAGCAUACAUCUGAAUUUGGAGAUUCUACUCUCAAAAAGGUCCACAGAUUUCCUUGGUUUUUAUGGUUUAUUUUUCCUCAGCCAAGUUCUUUGUCAUAGGACCUAGUGCUCUACUUCCAAAUGAGGUACCUCUAGUAGGCCUACAGUGUUGAACCUUGACAGAAGACUAGUAAGACAGGGUGUAGUGUCCCCUUGAUGACAGUCACUUGUCUCUUCAUCCGUCUGUCUUCAGUUACAUUGAUACAGUCUUGUAAGCACAUAGCGAACACUCAUCAAUAGCAAAACACGCACACAUAGUGGACAGAUUUUCAGGUUCUGAAUUUUUUCUUACAUACGCAGGCGACACCACUUGUGUUAAACUCACUCCUGAGUUGAUCCUUCGGUUAAGCUGGUCUUUUUUCCUCGAUCCCAGAACCUCUUUUUGUUUACCUUUGCAAAUGGUCAAGUUGAGUUCAACUUCAGUAAGCGUAAAUAUGCUCGAGUCAAAGUGCUUUUUUACCCCCGACUGCAAGUAUGCAAAGGUUGUAAUGAUUUUUUUUACUUGUAUCGUCAAAUGUUCACUGCAGUCUUGACACAAGCGAUACUUAACGUACAAGCAAAAACACGUAGAGCCGAUCAACACACAAUGAUAGGCCUACAUAAAACCUCAAUGAAAUAGUGAGAUGAGCGCAAGAGCGAGUGAACAUGAUGUAUUUGACACCAUGAUGCAGUCUUGCAAGCACAAAGCGUUAUUGGUUCCCCUCCCCUCAAGUCCAAAGGGUGUGGUGCACCGCAAGAAAAUAAGUAAUAUAGUAAAUCCUCGGGAUAACAUUUGUUUUAACUGUAACUUAAUGUAACUUUUACUGUCUGAAGUCUGGAGUCCAAGUUAGAUUUUUUACUUUGUAAAAGCUAUGUGUCUAAAUGUGCCUGUGUAAAACGUUCUUUUCGCUAAUAAGAUUUACUUUUCAAGGGAUUUUAGUGAUGUAAAGUUUGUUUAUGAUGAACAUUGUACAUUGCAAGAAAAAAAGAAUAUGACAGAUAAAGUGAUAGUUUUACCAUACUCAGGAAAACAACGUAAUCAACUGCAGUGAGAGUGAGAUAGUGAUUUUUUUCGCAGAGGUACACGUCAGUACAUAUUGCUAGUAUUUAAUUUGCAACUACACAUGUGUGAGCAGCUUAACCUUUUCUGUCGCCGCCAUUUUUACCACAAAAAGCCCACUUAGAUUAAAAUUAUGAGCUUGGGAAAAAUAUUUUGUCAUGUCCCUUGGUUUUGUGGUACAUGUUAAGUUGAACUUCUGAUGAAUUUGUUGUUUUUUGUUUUUUCAUUCUCUGACAACAUCAACUCAUCUGUAGUUGACUGUAUAUUCUUUUUUAUUAAAACAAGUACAUUGCAAAAUUCGUAGAUAACAAAAAUAUUUCCGGGUUCAGGCAAUGUGGCCAAAGUGCGACUGUUGUAACUACUUUUUCAUUAUGUAGGAAUUUCGCAAUGUGUGUUUAAACCGUUUCAAUGCCAGGGGUGUGCGUUCUUACUAUCUCGGCACUAAUUUUCAAUUAAGCCCGUUUGCCAGGACAGCUGUCUCAUGUCUCUGUUCAUGGACUUGAAGUCUAGGUCAAGUUCACUUGUGGCAUAUUUUGGAUCCCGGGUAUUUAAUCGUUUUGUUGUUGUUUUACUUUACUCAGUUUAGUAAGUAAGAGUUUUACGGCACUUGCAACACAAUAAGGUCAUAUAAGUGCCGAAUCACUUUACUCAUACCUUGCAGCCCCCCAUCUUACUCAUGAUUUUGAAAAACUUGGAAAACUAAGUCAAAAAGUAAUUUUUUUCCCCCUUUUUAUAGUCUUUUGAUGUUUAAGUUCUGUAUGUACAAGUGGUUGUCCGCCAGACGACCCAUUGUACUGAUAUGCACCAAAAAAAAAAAUGUCAGAACAGAUAAGAGGGAACUGUUAACAUGUUGGUGUUAGAUCUAGUCACAGGGAAAAGUACUCAGCCACUUGGCUUUUAUCCAAGCUACCACUCCCAACAGCCUGUCAUCUAUAGCAACUCGGUAAAUACAUGGUUGACAUCAGAGACUUUUCUUUUGUGAUUCAUUGAACAAGUAUGCUAUAAGUUCUACGAGCGGAGCUGAUUACUUGACUCAGGGCUGCCUAAAUCUACCGGUAGAUACCGAUUUUGGGCCUGCUACCGGAUUUGUGAUGGGUGCCGAAA